AUGUCGUCGACAACCUUCCUGACACUGGCAGCCAGUGCCUCGGGCGUCAUUAUUUUUGGCGCCCUCAUUUCCUGUGCCUACAUCUACAACGACAUCAACUCGUUCGUUGAUGAUGUUCAUAGAGAUCUUGGAGAGUUCAAGAUUUAUGCUAAUGAUGCUUGGAAUUCGAUGGUGAGUGAAGAUCAUUCUCGCCAGGCUAGAAGUGUCUUCCGCCGCCAUAGAAAACAGGCUUCCCAGUGUAACUGCGGACCACAAUCUCAAGGAUGCCCAGCUGGACCACCAGGACCACCAGGAGCUCCAGGAGACCGCGGAUUGGACGGACAACCAGGACCGGCUGGAAAGCCAGGGGCACCAGGAAUUGGAAGGCCAGUCGAGCACAAGAACAUUGGAUGCAUCAAAUGCCCACAAGGAGCCCCAGGACGAGCCGGAGCUCCAGGGCCAGCUGGACCAAAGGGACCAAAUGGACAGCCAGGACGUCCAGCUCAGGGAGGAGGUCAGGGACCACCAGGACCACCAGGACCAGCCGGAGAUGCCGGAGCGCCAGUAGCUCCAGGAAAUCCAGGACAGCCAGGACGACCAGGACAACUAGGACAUCGCUCUCACGGACUUCCAGGACCAGCUGGACGACCACACCUACAUGGACCACCAGGAUUACCAGGAAACCCAGGCCAAUCUGGAGGACAGGGACCAGCUGGACCACCAGGACCUCCAGGACCACCAGGACAGCCAGGACAGCCAGGAAACGACGGGCAGCCAGGAGCGCCAGGAAACGACGGAGCUCCAGGAACCGAUGCUGCCUACUGCCCAUGCCCGCCACGCAGCGGCGCAGUUCGCAGUGUCGCCAGACAUCGUCAAGUCGCUCGCAGCCGUGUCGUGGCUCGUGGACGUGCUGUGGCUCGCAGUCGCGCCGUCGCCCGCCAUCGUCAAGUUGCCGUUCGCGCACGCAACGUCGUCCGUCAUCGUCAGGCCGCCGCUCGUCAAGCUUAA